CAACCACUCUCCCACCGGCACUAGCCCUUGUAUCAGUCCGCCAGUUUCCCGCGUUUUUUGUCGGCCACUGUCGCUGACCGUCGUUUUCGUAAACUUUGCUGUGCUGUUUGAAGUUUGGAAACGUUGAGCAAGAUGUCCGAAGGCCGACGUUCCCACAGCAGCCGCCUGUCUUCGCAGCCCGACGAGGUCGUUGACCCCGUGACCUCUUCCCCGGGUCGCGACCUCCCCCCCUUCGAGGACGAGUCUGAGCUGCUCGGAGGAGCUGGCAACGAGGAGGAUGGCGUGCCUCAUGAGGAGGAGGAGGAGGAUGGGGAGGAGCUCUUUGGAGACAACAUGGAAGACGACUAUCGAGUCAUUCCAGCGCUGGACACAUACGACCGGCGCAUUCUGGACGACUCGGAGUACAGCGCCAUGUCCGAGACGGAACGGAGGGCCGUUGAGGACCAGCUUCGCCAGCGCGACCGCGAAGAGGGCCGUGUGCCGGGACGUAUGCGCCGUGGACUGCUCUACGAUGAAAGUAGCAGCGAAGGAGAGCGCCCCGUUCGUCGCAGAAGACUCGCGGAGCGCGCCGCGGAGGGAGCCAUGUCGGACGACGAAGAGAUGGUGGAGAGCAUAGAGAACUUGGAGGACCUGAAGGGCCACACGGUCCGGGAGUGGGUCACCCAGCUGGGGCCCAAGACGGAGAUCUACAAUCGCUUCAAGAACUUCCUCCGCACCUACGUGGACGAGCGGGGCCACAACCUAUACAAGGAGAAGAUCCGACAGAUGUGUGAAGAGAACAAGCACAGCCUGGAGGUGAACUACAACACGCUGGCGGCGGCAGAACAGGUGCUGGCCUACUUCCUGCCAGAGGCGCCCACGGAGAUGCUGGUGAUCCUGGACGAGGCCGCCAAGGACAUCGUCCUGGGGAUGUUCCCGCAGUACGAGCGGAUCACUGGGGAGAUCCACGUCCGCAUCACCGACCUGCCCCUCAUUGAGGAGAUACGUAGCCUCAGGCAGCUGCACCUGAACCAGCUGGUUCGCACGGCCGGAGUGGUGACGAGCACGACGGGAGUCUUGCCCCAGCUGUCCUUGGUCAAGUAUGACUGCGGCAAGUGCAACUAUGUCCUGGGACCCUUCGUCCAGUCGCAGAACCAGGAGCUCAGGCCGGGCUCCUGCCCCGAGUGCCAGAGCCUGGGCCCCUUCACCGUCAACAUGGAGCAGACUGUAUAUCAGAACUACCAGCGCAUCAGCAUUCAAGAGAGCCCGGGGAAGGUGACAGCGGGUCGUCUGCCCAGAUCCAAAGAUGCCAUCCUUUUGGGCGACCUGUGCGACUCUUGCAAGCCGGGAGACGAAAUUGAGCUGACGGGUGUGUACACCAACAACUACGACGGCUCGCUGAACACGGUGAACGGGUUUCCGGUGUUUGCAACGGUGGUGAUGGCAAACCACGUGGUCAAGAAGGAUGACCAGAUGGCCACCAGGCACAUGACGGACGACGACACGCGCCGCAUCUUGGCGCUCGCCAAGGACGACAAGAUUGCCGACAGGAUUAUUGCGAGCAUUGGACCCUCCAUCUUUGGCCACGAGAACAUCAAGCGAGCCAUUGCGCUCUCUCUUUUUGGUGGCGAACAAAAAAAUCCAGGCCAGAAGCACCGGGUGAGGGGCGACAUCAACCUGCUGAUCUGCGGGGACCCUGGCACGGCCAAGUCGCAGUUCCUGAAGUAUGUCCAGCAGGUGGCUCCGAGGGCGGUGUUUGCCACGGGCCAGGGGGCGUCUGCGGUGGGGCUCACGGCCUACGUCCAGCGCAGCCCCGUCACCAAGGAGUGGACCCUCGAGGCCGGGGCCCUCGUGCUGGCCGACAAGGGCGUCUGCCUCAUCGACGAAUUUGACAAGAUGAACGACGCCGACCGUACCAGCAUCCACGAGGCGAUGGAGCAGCAGAGCAUCUCCAUCUCCAAGGCGGGGAUUGUGACUUCGCUUCAGGCACGCUGCGCUGUCAUUGCAGCAGCCAACCCCAUCGGCGGCCGCUACGACCCUUCCAUGACCUUCUCCGAAAACGUGGAUCUCACAGAGCCUAUCCUUUCCCGAUUUGACGUUCUGUGUGUCGUCAGAGAUACAGUGGACCCCAUCCAGGAUGAGAGGUUAGCACGCUUCGUGGUGGAGAGCCACAUGCGACAUCACCCCAAUGCCAACAGCACCGAGGAUAAUGAGGACUCUAUGGAGGAGGACAGCCAGAGGGAGCUGGAGGAGGGUCCCGAGAAGAUCCCGCAGGAACUGCUGAGGAAGUACAUCCUGUACGCACGGGAGAAGGUGCAUCCAAAGCUGCACCAGGUGGAUCAAGACAAGAUUGCCCGCAUGUACAGCGAGCUGCGCAGGGAGUCCAUGGCCACGGGCAGCGUCCCAAUCACGGUGCGCCACAUCGAGUCGAUGAUCCGCCUGGCCGAGGCCCACGCGCGCCUCCAUCUCCGGCAGCACGUGUUGGAAGAGGACGUGAACAUGGCCAUCCGCGUCAUGCUCGAGAGCUUCAUCAGCACCCAGAAGUACAGCGUCAUGCGCACCAUGGAGAAGACAUUCCAGCGGUACCUGAGCUACAAGCGCGACAACAACGAGCUACUGCUCUUCGUGCUCAAGCAGCUGGUGCAGGAGCAGAUCAACUUCACUCGAAGCCGCUACGGCACAGAGCCAGAGGUGGUUGAGGUCUCCGAGCGAGACUUGCAGGAAAAGGCCAACCAGCUGAACAUCCGCAAUCUGAGGACCUUCUUCGAGAGCGACAUGUUUCGGUCGCACCACUUCAGGCACGACGCAACUCGCCACCUCGUCGUCCUCGCCUUCUGAGAAAUGCGCGCGAGAAAAGGGCAACGGGGUACGUCAGUCCUUUAAUCGUUUUCCAAAAAAGACUCAGAAAGAGACAACCAGGGCAAACUUUGUACAGAAAAGAAUAAAAAAAAACACAACAACAAA